AUGCUGGGAAGAGUAUAUGGGAGAGUAAGGAGAGGAUUGGGAGAGGGAAGGGAAGAGGAUCAGGAGAAGGGAUUAAGGUGGGAGGACGUGAAAGAGGUGCUGAAAGGGAUGAAAGAUAAAAAGGCGGUAGGGAUUGAUGGGAUUCCGGCGGAAGUGUGGAAAUAUGGAGGGAAGGAAAUGGAACGCUGGGUAUGGAUGAUUUGUGACAGGAUUUGGAAGGGAGAAGGAUGGAUCGAGGAAUGGAACAAAGGAAUUAUAGUUCCGAUUAUGAAGAAGGGGGAGGGCAUAAACGUGGAGGAAUACAGAGGGGUAUUAUUGACGACGGCAUUAUAUAAGAGGCAGGUCAGCAAGCCAGGGGGGAAAAUAGUUGCACUUUUCGUGGAUCUGAGAGCCGCAUUUGAUUCCGUGGAUAGAGAGACGCUAGUGAAAUCAAUAAGAGAUAGAGGGGUAAGGGAAGGACUAGUGGUAAGAUGUGAAGAUGUGUUAAGGGAGGUAAGGAAUAGAGUAAGAGUAGGGGAGAAUCUGGGGGAGUGUUUUUGGACGGGAAGAGGAGUGAGACAGGGCUGUCCAUUAAGCCCAAUGCUGUUCAAUUUGUUAACGGCGGAUCUGGAGCAGGAGUUGAGAGGGGGCAGAUGGGAGGGAGUAAGACUGGGAGAGGGAAACAUUUUUUCGCUGGCAUAUGCAGACGACAUGGUGCUGUUGGCGGAAAAGGAGGAUGGAAUAAAAUGCAUGUUGGCCAGAUUGGAAAGGUAUUUAGAUGGGAAAGGGCUAGAACUAAAUGUGAACAAAACAAGAAUAAUGAGGUUUAGGAAGGGAGGGGGAAGGAAAAGGAAAAUGAAUUGGAGAUGGAAAGAGAAGGUGAUAGAGGAAGUAAAAGAAUUUUCAUAUUUGGGGUACGUUGUACAAAGCAAUGAGGGGCAGAAGGCAUAUGUAAAAGAAAGGAUGAGGAGAGGAGCAGCAGUGAUGGGAAAAGUAUGGGGGAUGGGGAAAUGGAGGUUUAAGAGCGAUUGGGGUAGAAGGUGCUGGUUGUUUGACGCGCUGGUAUGGCCAGUGAUUGGGUAUGGGGUGGAGAUAUGGGGGUGGAAGGAGAGGGAAUCACUAGAGAGAUUGCAGGAAAGAUAUUUGAAGUGGGUGUUGGGGGUAGAAUGGAGUACACUGGGCUAUAUGAUCAGAGAAGAGGUACAGAGAGGAAAGUUAAGGGAAAGGGCGGGAAAAAGAGUAUUAGGAUUUAAAUUAAGGCUGGAGGAGGGAAGAGGGAGCGAGUUGGCCAGAAGGGGAGAUUAA